GAGCUGCCUAGGCAAGCAACUUGUCUUCUUCUUCUUCUUCAACUUUGGAUCUUUGUCACGUUGUCAAUCCCUCUUCGCAGGCGAUCCUAGCUGCUUGUGCUAGAUUGCUUCUUCGAGUUCUGUAUACUUACCGUUAGCAGGUCCUUCUAGUCCAGCAAGGCCAGGUCUUAGCGACUCCUAUUCGUCACUCCCUUGCUCCCCUCAAUAUCACCAUCAGCUUGAGUCUGCUUGAUUGAGCAACCCGCCAUUCACAAUGGGCGCGUGGAACCUCUUCCGUAUCUUGGGCGACUUGUCCCACGCCCUCUCCAAAUGCAUCCUCAUCUUCGCCAUCCACCGCAACCGCAGCGCCGAGGGUGUCUCUCUCAUCACCCAGAUCCUUUACGCGCUGGUGUUUUGCACCCGCUACCUCGACAUCUUUUCCGAAAAGUUCCCAUGGAACUUGAUCUUCAAGAUCUUCUACAUCACAUCGUCCUUUUACAUCCUCGGUAUAAUGCAAUGGAUCUAUCCUCGAUCGCGCGAGAAGGAGAUUGCCUGGAAGAUCGGUGCCAUCAUUCUUGGUGGCUCUUUCGUGCUGUCGCCUUUUGUGAUGCUGAUCUUUGAGAGAUCCAAGGGCUUCCUGACUUGGAUGUGGGUCUUUUCCCAGAUUCUCGAGUCCGUCUGUGUCCUCCCCCAGCUUCUACUCCUCAGGCAGACGACUGUGCCUACCGUUAUCGACUCGUUCUACCUCCUCGCCCUCGGCUCGUACCGCGCCCUCUACUGCAUCAACUGGUUCCUCCGCGAAUUCGAGGUUACCGGAAAGAAGCCCAACACCGUCUCCGUCAUCUUUGGCAUAAUUCAGACCGCCCUGUACAUCGACUUUGCCUGGGUAUACUACACCCGCCAGCGCGUCAAGCUCCGUGGCGGUGGUAUUGUUGACGCCGACGAUAUGCGCCGUGGCUGGCUCCUUCGUCGCAUUUUUGGCAAGCGCUUCGAGACCUCGGAGGAUGACGAGGAGAGCGGUCCCGCCUUCGACGAUGACGAUACCGGCGCCCGCCGUAGCGCCCGGCCCAAGUGGGGAGCUCGGGGCAUCUCUGUCAGCGCCGACGACGGUGUUUUCGAGCAGGAACGACACAACCGUGAGCAGGACGAGCUCGGUGGACCUGUCGACCCGGAUGCCAAGAUGCAGGACCCUGACGAGCUUGCGCGAGCUCUGGAUGAUGAUGACGAUGAGCAGACCCCGCUGCGCCCCGGUCAAUCAGAAGGCCAGCCAAGUGGGCUUCGAGGUGGCGAGGAGUGGCGCGACUAAGCUCGCAAGCUGAUUCUCUGCCCUUUUUCAUUUUGGGAGAUUUCACGGUUCAGAGUAUAAGGCUGAGACGGAGUAUGACGGGUUAUUUGUUUGGGACUGUUUGGAAGGUAUACAAUAUCUACUUGGGCUGCCACUUUGGGAAACACGACACCAUGCUAGGGCUGCUGUAGAAGAGACGGAAGAGGAGGUCCUUGCUGUGGCAUCCAUUGUAAGCAAGGUGGACUGUGGAACGCAAGGGAGAGGGACAUCAGGGGAUUUCAUUAUUCUGGGCUCAACGUGUAUCGAUAGCGCAAUGCUUUUAACGAGAAUCUCAAAGCGAGAUGAACUGGAAAUCAAUCACUCAGAAUCACGUUAUCAUUCUC